UCGCGCAUGCGUAGAGGACUCAGCUGUCACUAGCAAGCGCAUGGACCUACUGAUGCUAGCACACAUUUUCUGAGCAACAUCAGCACUUAGCUGUCCUCCUACUGUAAUAACAACGCGAAUAAGACAUGCCACGUCUCAGUUCAGUUCAACAGAAAGUGCCAUGUUUAUUUUUGACGGAAGUGAAACAGGAACAAUCCAGAAAACGGCUUGGCCAGCCGUUUCAGGUUAUUGCCACUGAACACCUCAACCCCUUGGCGUUAGAAUCUAACGUGGAGAGUGCGCUGGCCACAGAAAAACUGGAUGGCACCUGCUGCUAUGUGACAUAUUAUGAAGGGCAACCAUAUCUCUGGGCUCGACUGGACCGAAAGCCUACCAAACUAGCCGACAAGAGCUUCAAAAAAUAUCAGCAUUCUCACAAAAGUUCUAAAGGUUUCACAUGGAAGGUAGAGGAGGACUUCAGGACCGUUCCAGAGGCUUGGAUCCCAGCUCACGGUGUCCAACAUCACGAGGGAACACCAAUCCCUGACGAUCACGGACAUAUUCCAGGCUGGGUUCCGGUGCAGACGGACAACAAGCAGUACUGCUGGCACUCCUCCACCGUGGACUACGACGCCGGCGUCGCCCUGGUCCUACGGCCCGGAGACCAGAGCCCCGACCUGCUGGAGCUGGCCCUGGUCCCCCUCGUCGACCUGAUGGAGCAAACACUGGAGCUCAUCGGCACCAACGUCAACGGGAACCCGUACGGGAUGGGGGCCAAGAAGCAGCCCCUUCACGCCCUGGUGUCCCACGGCAGCGUGGGGGUUGGAGGGCCCUCCCCCCCCCCACUGGACCUCCAGGGACUGACCUCCUGGUUCCAGGAGAGCCGCGAGGGGGGGUUGGAGGGCAUCGUGUGGCACUGUGACGACGGCACCCUGGUCAAGGUCCACCGCCACCACCUGGGUCUGGGCUGGCCGGCCGGCGACUGCUCCUUCAGCUCGAGGCCCGUGGAGGUGCGCGUCGACUGGACGGCGGACCACGACUACCGCCUCCCCACCAAGGAUCUGUUCGCCUCCCUCUCCCGGCUGGACGGACAGCGCUUCAGCCGGCUACAGGACGUCCGCUUCGACACGUAGCGUCGGGUCCCUCAACGUCCACCCCUAGACUCUAUACUUUCCUUUACAACAUUUGAUGAGAUGCCAAACUAUCGAGCCAAUUGCCACAGCUGCUUGACAUUACCGAUGAUGAAGAUUGAAAGCUUUGUGCUGAAGAGGUACUUCAUCCCAAUGGGGAGUUUGGCAAGGUGACGCAUGGUUAUAUUAUCAGAAACAAGUAACAAAUAAAAUGUUAUAAUAUAUAUAUAUAUAUAUAUAUUAGAACCAAUAGUCAAGUCAGUGCACUCGCCGACCACCAAGGGGCGCUAUCGCACCGCAUUGCAUGACCUCGCAAUCAGUGGAGAAGCGGAGACCCAUUUGCCACAAUCGUUUGCAGCUUUUUUUUUUUUGUCGAAUUUAAUACUUAGAACAACUAUGUAAAUAUAUACCAGAUGUUGGGUAACAUGCUAUUUAAAAGAUCCAAACAUGGCAUUUAUUGGCAGUGGGUAAAAAAAAUAAACAUCUGCACGGUAACGCAGUUCAUAAUAAAGGAUUUAUUAACACUUUUUACGAAGAAAUAAAGUGGUGGACUGUA